CCCAAACCAACCCAAAACGUGUGGCAAUUUGGGCGGAGUAAAACAGAAGCAAAGCAGAUGAAAGACUGGUCUGUGACUCUGUUCCACAAGCAAUGGCCGCUACUCUGUCCCUAAAAUGUUCGGCUCCACAAUUCAUACCAUCUAAGGUUACCAAAUCAUCGCAAUCACUACCAAGUAAGCCAGUAGACACCUUAGCUGUGCACAACAAUCACGAUGGUGGCUUGGGAAGCUUAAAGCCCAUUAUCGUCAAUGGCGAUCCGCCUACUUUCGUCUCUGCUCCUGGUCGCAGAAUUAUCGCCGUCGGGGAUUUGCAUGGAGAUAUUGAUAAGGCGAGGCGUGCAUUCCAUAUCGCCGGUGUUUUGAGUUCUGAUGGUCAGGACUCGUGGAUCGGUGGAGAAACGGUGUUAGUUCAGCUUGGAGAUAUACUUGAUCGUGGAGAAGAUGAACUGGCGAUCUUUUCCUUGUUGAAGUCAUUGAGUUUUCAAGCAAAAGCCCAUGGUGGAGCUGUUUUCCAGCUCAUUGGAAAUCAUGAAACCAUGAAUGUAGAAGGGGAUUUCAGAUUUGCCGAUCCUGGAGCAUUCGACGAAUGUACAUACUUCCUUGAAUACUUGAAAGGACAUGGACAUGACUGGCAAAAAGCUUUCCCUGGUUGGUUUUCUGAGCGUGAUAGGUGGAAGCGGGAAAGGAAGAUGUCUCAAAGUUUGUGGGAUCGCUCCAAAUUUGGCCAGCGGCGGAAAGGUGUAACUGCACGGUCAAUCCUCUUAAGGCCUGGUGGUCCAUUAGCCACUGAGUUAUCAAGCCAUGGUGUGAUUCUCAAGGUCAACGACUGGAUCUUCUGCCAUGGUGGCACUCAUCCUCAUCAUGUUGCAUAUGGCAUAGAGAGAAUUAAUAAAGAAGUUUGUCAUUGGAUGAGAGGUCUUAUGGAUGGAAAAGAUCGUCCAAAGAUUCCUUUUAUAGCUACUAGUGGCUAUGACAGUGUUGUAUGGAGCCGAUUGUACUCCAAGGACGAUUCAUGUUUAGAAAACUAUGAGAUGAGCGAGAUCCAAUCUAUUCUUGAAGAGACACUUGCGGCAAUAGGUGCUAGAGCAAUGGUUGUAGGUCAUACGCCGCAACCUAUGGGAGCAAAUUGCAAAUAUAAUUGCCGCAUAUGGUGCAUCGAUGUCGGAAUGUCAAGUGGAGUUCUUGACUCAAUGCCUGAGGUGCUUGAGAUAAGGGAUGAUAAAGCAACUGUGUUAAGAAGCAAAAGCGAUUCUUUCCGUGAAAUUCAGGCCAUUGAUAACAUGUAGAUAGAUGUGGACCCAAAACACAAAAGGGGCAAUCAAGAAAUCCCUUUAAGUUCACUAACUUGGCUUGCGAAUCUAGUGCCAUUUUUUUCUACCCUUUUUUGUAUGUGAAAGGACCAAAAAAAUAUUUAUUUCUGUAUUUUUUGCCUCUAAGGUACAGGUUUCAGCCAUAACAACUAGAGGAUAGAUGGGGAUUCUUAAGCAUAGGGGAUAAGAAAUUGCCCUUCAGCAAAUUCAGAGCUGGAGAAGUGGAUAGGACUAUAGGAGUGCCGUCUUGUAUAAUUAUCACAUUCUUGUAAUGAACAUGUAUGUAUUCGUUCACUCUGUAAAAUAUACCAGUCUUUUAAGGGGAUCAACAGUCGUUCAAAUGUGCCCCCCCCCCCCCCCCCCCCCAAAACAAAAGGUAGCUGCUUUCCGUUUCUCCAAAAAUGUCGCUGCAUUCCUUGAAAUCAU